AUGCGUUACGCUAUCAUCGCUGCUGCUCUUUCGGCUCUGGCUUCCGCCUCAAGCACUGCCAAUCCCUUCAGCAACCCCAGCGGUGGCUAUGUCUUCACCUCCGGUGAUUCCACCACCCUGACCUGGGAUCCCACCACCAGUGGUACUGUCUCUCUGCGUCUCCAGUGGGGUUCCGUCACCACCGCUGAGUCUGGUGAUGCCAUUGCCUCCGACCUUGAGAACAGCGGUACCUACACCUGGGAUGUGCCCACUGACCUGGUCAAGGGCCGGGAGUACACCAUCGAGAUUCUGGACGACAGCAACUCGGAUGACUACAACUUCCUGCCUUACUUCACCGUUGCUGGCGCUACCGCGACUGCCUCUGCCACCGCUACCCCGACCUCGAGCUCGGCUUCCACUUCCAGCGAGGCUACUUCGACUUCCUCUGCUUCGUCUUCCAGCAGCAGCUCGUCGUCUACCUCCACCUCCUCGACUAGCACCAAGAGCACUGCCACCACCAUGUCCACCAUGACCAGCACCUCGGCCCCCAGCUCUUCCACUGCCAGCCCCACCUCCGCCUCCACCAGCUCGAGCUCUGCCAGCGCCUCUGCUUCCCAGACUGCCGUUCCCACUAACGCCGCUGGUAUGACCCGUGUCUCCGCUGGUAUGCUGGCCGUCGUUGCCGGUGCUGCCGCUCUUCUGUAA